CUUCUGAACUCUCAAUUUCUCUCUCUUCUCUCUCUCGCCUGUUUCCUUUUCCUUUAAAGAUUGAAACUUUUGCUUCUGCGUAGCCGGCUCUAGUUGUCACUACUCUCGAAGAUCUUUUACUUUGUUAACAGAUAACAAAGUCAGGAAGCUCUUUUCCCCCUCAUCAGUUCAAUUCCAUUUUUGUUCAAACAAAAACACCCAUUUCUCCAUCUGUUCUUGUCAAUUUGUGUUUUUUUGUUUCAACUGAAAAAGAAAAAAUGAGUCAAGUAGAGUUAUUGAAGAUCCAGACUUGUACCCUAAAAGUGAACAUUCACUGUAAAGGCUGUGAGCAAAAAGUGAAGAAAAUCUUGCAAAAGAUUGAUGGCGUGUACAUCGUAAAAUUCGAAGAGGAGAUGGGCAAGGUCACCGUCUCCGGUGAUUUGGAGCCGGAGACGUUGAUCAGAAAGCUGAACAAGAACGGCAAGCAUGCUGAGCUAAUCGGUGACACAAAGGAAAAUAAUGGCGAGCGGGUUGAGGACAGCAAAGGUGCGAAAAGGAACAAGGGCGGAGGUCAAAAGGGUAAUAAUACCAAUCUUCCGCCGCCGCCGCCGCUGCAGCCCAAAUGUAUAAACCUUCCUCCACCGGCGGCUAUGCUUAAUCCUCAGCAGAUGAAGGCUCUACAAGAUCUUAUGACUAAGAUUCCGCCUCGAUACAACGUCCCCGUCAACGGUGACGGUGCGCAGGUUCCGAUCCCGAAAUCUGUCAAGCUCGACUUGCCGGAGAGUGAUGACGUCGUUGAAGGCUAUGAGGAGGAGGAGGAAGGCGGGAUGGACGAUGUGGUGCCAGUAAACAAGACGAAUCAGCCGCCUAUGGUGGGUAAUGGUGGCGGCGCCGGAAUUUCUAUGAUAAAUGACCGUGCACGUGCGGCUCAUGUGACGCCGCCGAACAGGAUGGCCUUGAAAGCUGCUCCAGGGGGUAAUGUGGGGCCAACGGGGGGUAUGCCCAUUCCCCCUCAAGUGGGCCCCAUCCCCAAUUUCCAAAUCCCUACUCCCCAACACAUCCCAGCUACCGCCGUGCAUGCUGGGUAUUAUCCUGAGACUCCGGCCAGGAACCCCCUCCAACCCCAACAACCCGCCGUGGCGGCCAAUUCCUAUCCUAUCCCUACAUCCCUCCAUCCCCUCUCUAUUCAUCCUACCCCUACCCUCCUCCACAGGACAAUUAUUACAGUGAAGAUGAGAACACUACCGGAUGCAGUGUCAUGUGAAGAUGGCGGCGGAGGAGGUGGCGGUCGGUGGCGGCGGAGGCGGUUACAAGCUAUACAUGUAAAAGAAAAGAAAAAGAAAUUGAAAACAGUUGAAUGACAAGCUAGUUUGGUGCUAGAGGAAACCAAUUAAUCAACCUAAUGGCAUACACUUAAGAUUUAAUUUAAAGUGUAACUUUUUUUAGUUUAGUUGUUUAAUUAUACUUUGCCCUAUAGUUAAAGUGUUUAUUUGACUUUUACCGCUAAUUUUGAUUAUAGUUGUGGUAAAGAUAAGUUUACCUAUU